GUCAUAAGAAAGGGACCUAGGGAAUUACACAUUUUUAUGGUCUGAAAAUGAGGCAUAAAUGACAGAAACACCUCAGGUUUUCAGGAGUUGGUCAACCAGGUGGCAGAUUUUCCAGGCCAGGAACCCCUGGCUUUUCAGGCAGAGGAAUUUUAGAAGUGCUUUCAGUGAGAUUAACUACACAGAACAGAAUGUUCAGGAGAGCUGGAAGGCAGCUGGGGGUUUCCCAGGCUCCUGCAGCUGGAGCCCUUAAGCCUGUCCUUUUCUCCCUUCUCCUGUAUUUACUCUUACUCUCUCAGAUUGCCUUUUUAAAAGUCAUCUUCCCUCAAAAAUGCUGACAGUAUUAAGAUAAUAAAACAGUGGCAAAUGUUAGAUUAUGAUCGUACAUAUGCUAAGAGCAGAACAACACAAACCUUAUUGUAGACAUAGUAAGAAGAUGAAAGAAACAAUGUUGCAAGUGGAAAAUGUUUGUCUCCCAAAGAGGGCCAGUGAAGAAAUGUCACUUUCCCAAUUGUCUGUGAGUUCUACAAUUGUUUGGUUUUAGUUGUAUGGCCUGGCACAGCACCUUGCUUGCUACCCAGUGUAGUCUCUGGACUAUCAAUAAACAUGGCACCGUGAGCUUAUUAGAAUGAUAGCAUGGCCAGUUUAGGCCAGAACCUGUGGCUUAACAAGAUCGCCAGGUGAUUCAGAUAUACUUGAAAGUUUAAAAAGCGCUGUCUAUGGCUAUAGAUCUCAAACCUGGCUAUGCAUUGGCAUCAACUAGAGAAUUUAAAAGAUACCAAUGCCUGGAUCCCAACCGCAGGAAUCCUCAUAAAACUGGUUGGCAUCAAGUCUGGGGUUCAGGUUUUUAAAUCUUAGGUGAUUGUAUGACUGACCAGUACUCUAAUUCAGUGGUUCUCAAAGUGUGGGCCCAGCACUCUCUUGGAACCUGUUAGAAAUACAAAUUCCCAAUCUCACUCCGACCCACUGAAUCAGGGCAUUUGGGGAUGGGUCUGACAUCUACUUGGAUUAAUCCUCCCAGGGACUCUGAUGCAUGCAAAAGUUGGAGAACCUAAUAAAGUAGGCCUGGGGUGGGGCCCAGGAAUUUAUGUUUCCUGAAGUUUUCAGGUCUGCCACUGCAGGUCUGAGAACCAACUUACAUCAGAGGUUUUGGGCCAGUAAUUCUCUGUGAUUUGCCAAACAGCUGGUUAGAAGAGAGGCCAGGAUCUGGCCCACUGUUUCUCCUCUCCAACCAACAGCUACACACCUGCUGUUUCUUCUUAGGUCUGAGGCCUAUAUGGCCGUCUCUUCUUCCACCUUCCCACAUAGGCCAGCAUUAAAAAAAUACAGCUCAGUACCUUAUACCCAAAAUCUUGCCGCUCCGUUGAAGCAGCUGCUCACAUUGGCUAGGCACAGGUACCCCUGAACUUGUAAUGCACCCUGUUCUUGUUUCAACCCACUUCCACAAGGGGUCUCUGACCCUCUGAAUUCAACUGUGGCUUCUGUGAAACUUGCCCUCCUGGCGUGAGAUCACUGAAUUCCUCUAAGACGCAAGAUGACCAGGGUUCUGGAGUCAGGGGCCUCCAGAGGCUUGUACCCCACGGCCUCACGAUCUAGCAUUUCUAACCUGCUGCUGCUCCUCAGCGAGGACAAGAAAGGGCGAGAACUGGGGCUCAGGAAGGGGGGAUGGAAAUGGUAAAGUGGAUGAUCCCAGGUGGAGGACAGGUACAGUGACUGUCACCCCCGCUUGGGUCCCUGCCUCCGCCAUCGAAUUCCGGAAACCCCCAAAAGCUAGGAAUAUGCGGACCAUCUCCUAACCCAUCCCACUCCUUUCCUCCCCACGGGGCAUUGCUCCUGUCCCCGGACUGGGGCGAACUGGGGUGGCAACUGUACUGGGAUUCACGGGGUGGAGGACGCUGGGCCCUGGAGAUGGAGGUGGCAACUGCCCCGCGGGAGUAAGUCCCUCGCAGCCCAGGGGAGUGCCGGAAGCCCGCUCUUGCAGCCCGGGAGGGGGAGGGUGCCCGUCUGUCUCUGCCAAGCCGCGCGACAACGCAGAGUCCUAGGUGGGAACACAGGUGGGGCACCCUUUUGCAUUUCCUCAACAAGCGACUUGCCAAGUCUGCGCCACUGAUCGACCCCCGCGUGCUCCUGGUUUAGCCGGUGCGCGGGUCUACCGCUCUCCUCGUCGCUUUCAGCCGCUGCAGGAUUGGCGUGUCCCUGGUGGCGCAGCGCACUCCCCAGCGCUUCCUGCGCUCCGUUUGGUGGCGCAGCACGGAGGGAUCGGCUCCGGGCCAAGGACCGAGUAAGAUUCUAAAUAAUCUGCCUCCAUCAUGGGAGAAAUAGAGCAGAGGCCAACUCCAGGAUCGCGACUGGGGGCCCCGGAGAAUUCGGGGAUCAGUACCUUGGAGCAUGGACAGAAACCGCCCCCAACACCAUCAGGAGGAAAACUCAUGUCCAUCAAAAUCCAGAUGCUGGACGAUACCCAGGAGGCAUUUGAAGUCCCACAAAGAGCCCCAGGGAAAGUGUUGCUGGACGCAGUCUGCAACCACCUCAACCUCGUGGAAGGCGACUACUUUGGCCUCGAGUUUCCCGACCACAAAAAGAUCACGGUGUGGCUGGAUCUCUUAAAACCUAUUGUCAAGCAGAUUAGAAGGCCAAAGCACGUUGUUGUUAAGUUUGUGGUGAAAUUCUUUCCACCUGACCACACACAACUCCAAGAAGAACUCACAAGGUACCUGUUUGCUCUGCAGGUGAAGCAGGACCUGGCUCAAGGCCGGCUGAUGUGUAAUGACACCAGCGCUGCUCUCUUAAUCUCACACAUUGUUCAAUCCGAGAUUGGGGAUUUUGAUGAAGCAUCAGACAGAGAGCAUUUAGCAAAAAAUAAGUACAUACCUCAGCAAGAUGCACUAGAAGACAAAAUCGUGGAAUUUCACCAUAACCACAUUGGACAAACACCAGCAGAAUCAGAUUUCCAACUCCUGGAGAUCGCCCGUAGGCUGGAGAUGUACGGGAUCCGGUUGCACCCGGCUAAGGACAGGGAGGGCACUAAGAUCAACCUGGCUGUGGCCAACACGGGGAUUCUCGUGUUUCAGGGUUUCACUAAGAUCAAUGCCUUCAACUGGGCGAAGGUACGGAAGCUGAGCUUCAAGAGGAAGCGCUUUCUCAUCAAGCUCCGCCCAGAUGCCAAUAGCUCGUACCAGGAUACCUUGGAAUUCCUAAUGGCCAGUCGGGAUUUUUGCAAGUCUUUCUGGAAAAUCUGUGUGGAACAUCAUGCCUUUUUUAGACUUUUUGAAGAGCCCAAACCAAAGCCAAAGCCCGUUCUCUUUAGUCGAGGGUCAUCGUUUCGGUUCAGUGGACGGACUCAGAAACAGGUUCUCGACUAUGUUAAAGAAGGAGGACAUAAGAAAGUGCAGUUUGAAAGGAAACACAGCAAGAUUCAUUCCAUCGGAAACCUUGAUCCGCAGCCUGCAGAGCUGAAUCCAGAAGUGCCAAAACAAGCCCAGCAGAGUGCCAGCCUCACACCCGGAGAAGGUGCCGAGUCCCCCUGGGCCCAGAGCGGCCAGCCAGGACAGGAACUGAAAGCUGCCGCCGAGGAGUGUGGGCGGCCGCGGAGCCCCUCUCUGCAGAAGAGCCCCGCGGGUAACAAGAAGGCGGAUGGAGCCGUCCAGGCGCCGGCCGAGGAAGAGGAGGAGGUCGUUAAGGAUAGGACCCAGCAGAAUAGAGCCCAGCCCCCGCAGCCAAGCACAGGCUCCCAGGCCGGUAGCCCUCACCUUUCAGAGCUGUCCAUCAACUCACAGGGAGGAGCUGUGCCCACCAACGUCAUCCUGUCUCCCAACCUGAGCCCGGACACCAAGCAGGCCUCUCCCUUGGUCAGCCCGCUGCUGAACGACCAGGUGUGCCCUCGGACCGACGACGAGGAGGAAGGCCGGAGAAAGAGAUUCCCAAGUGACAAAGCAUACUUCAUGGCGAAGGAAGUGUCUACCACUGAGAGAACAUAUCUGAAGGAUCUCGAAGUCAUCACUUCGUGGUUUCAGAGCACAGUGAGCAAAGACGACUCCAUGCCCGAAACAUUGAAAAGUCUCAUAUUCCCGAAUUUUGAACCUUUGCACAAAUUUCAUACAAAUUUUCUCAAGGAAAUUGAACAACGACUCGCCCUAUGGGAAGGCCGUUCAAAUGCCCACAUCAGAGGAGAUUACCAAAGAAUCGGAGAUGUCAUGCUGAAGAACUUCCAGGCCAUGAAGCCGCUGGCGGCUCACCUGUGGAAGCACGGCGAGGCUCUGGAGGCCCUGGAGAGCAGCGUCCGGAGCUCCCGGCGGCUGGAGGGCUUGUGCCGAGACUUCGAGCUGCAGAAGGUGUGCUACCUGCCCCUCAACACCUUCCUCCUGCGCCCGCUGCACCGGCUCAUGCACUACAAGCAGGUCCUGGAGCGGCUGUGCAAGCACCACCCGCCCAGCCACGCCGACUUCAGGGACUGCCGAGCUGCUUUGGCAGAGGUUACUGAAAUGGUUGCACAGCUUCACGGUACGAUGAUCAAGAUGGAGAAUUUCCAGAAGCUGCAUGAACUCAAGAAAGAUCUGAUUGGCAUCGACAAUCUUGUGACUCCAGGAAGGGAGUUCAUUCGCCUGGGAAGCCUCAGCAAGCUGUCCGGGAAGGGGCUCCAGCAGCGCAUGUUUUUCCUGUUCAACGAUGUCUUGCUGUACACGAGCAGGGGGCUGACGGCCUCAAAUCAGUUUAAAGUCCACGGGCAGCUUCCGCUCUUUGGCAUGACCAUAGAGGAGAGUGAAGAUGAGUGGGGCGUGCCCCACUGCCUCACGCUCCGGGGCCAGCGGCAGUCCGUCGUCGUGGCCGCCAGUUCUCGGUCCGAGAUGGAAAAGUGGGUUGAGGACAUACAGAUGGCCAUUGACUUGGCAGAGAAAAGCAGUGGCCCCGCCCCUGAGUUCCUCGCCAGCAGCCCCCCGGACACCAAGUCCCCGGAUGAGGCUGUGGCGGCCGACCAGGAGUCGGAGGAUGACCUCAGCGCCUCGCGCACGUCGCUGGAGCGCCAGGCCCCGCAGCGCGGCAACACCAUGGUGCACGUGUGCUGGCACCGGAACACCAGCGUCUCCAUGGUGGACUUCAGCGUCGCUGUGGAGAAUCAGUUGUCUGGGAACCUACUGAGGAAAUUCAAAAACAGCAAUGGGUGGCAGAAGUUGUGGGUGGUGUUCACGAACUUCUGCCUGUUCUUCUACAAGUCACACCAGGACAAUCAUCCCCUGGCCAGCCUGCCUCUGCUUGGAUACUCCCUUACCAUUCCCUCAGAGUCUGAGGACAUCCACAAAGACUAUGUGUUCAAGCUGCAUUUCAAGUCCCAUGUGUACUACUUCAGGGCUGAAAGCGAGUACACUUUCGAAAGGUGGAUGGAGGUGAUUCGAAGUGCUACCAGCUCGGCCUCACGUGCUCACGUUCUGAGUCACAAAGAAUCUCAUGUAUACUGAUGUCAUGACCCGUUUGAUUGGUUCAGCAGCGGCUGCUUUCCUGGAAGACAUUUACUUUCUUCUGUAUUAAUGAAGCCCUAGUAAAAUUAACACCCGUCUGGAAAACAAAAA